GACCGGGUACUACCUCAACGGCUGCAUGGACCCCCACUUGCCACUAAAUCUGAACUCACCAAUAUGGUGUCGGAUCUUAAGGCCUUCUUCACCUCUGAACUGGCUGUGUUGAAGGAAGAGCUAAGCACUGUCACAGGUCUGAUACGGGCCACUGAAGAAAAUGUCCACGACCUGCAAAUAAAGCAAGGCUCCACUGAUUCAUGCUUGCAGGAGCUCAUAGCAACAUGUACACAGUUGAGUAUGAGGGUCAGACAACUGGAAGACUCUGCAAGGCAGCGCAAUGUGAAG